AUGAGUGCUCUACAGUACCUUGAGUCUCAGCGCAACGCCCAACCUGAGCUUGCGGAGUGGUACACCUCUCUGGCGGAUCUGUACCAGAAGAAGCUAUGGCACCAGCUUACUCUCAAGCUCGAGCAAUUCGUUGCUCUCGCCGUCUUCCAGGCUGGCGAUGCUCUCAUACAGCUAUAUCACAACUUCAUCACGGAUUUUGAGACAAAGAUCAAUCUCCUUAAGCUUGCCCACUUUGCAGUCGUUGUUUCUCGUCAGUAUCAAGAGAAAGAGGCUGCCAUUGGGUAUCUUGAUGGCGUGAUUGAAAAGCUCCAGGCGACUAGGGAGUCACGUAUAGAGGAGCCGAUACUUUAUAUUAAGAUGCAGGUAGCCAUAUUUAAGCUUGAGCAAGGUGAUCAAAAGGAGUGCAAGAAGCUUCUAGAAGACGGGAAGAGUACACUGGACAGCAUGACCGACAUUGAUCCCUCAGUGUAUGCCAGUUAUUACUGGGUUUCGUCACAGUUCCAUAAGUACCGCCAAGACUUUGCUGAUUUCUACAGAAGCGCACUUCUGUAUUUGGCAUACACAUCAGUGGAGUCCCUCUCCGAUUCAUUCAAGCUGGAUUUGGCAUUUGAUCUGUCUCUUUCAGCGCUUCUGGGAGAUAACAUCUACAACUUUGGAGAGCUGCUUGCACAUCCUAUUAUAAAGAGUCUGCUAGGAACACAAGUGGAGUGGUUGUAUUAUAUUCUCCAAGCAUUUAAUGCUGGUGAUUUAGUUCGGUAUCAAGAGCUAUGGCAUGUGCAUGAGUCUGCACUGAGAUCUCAACCAGCGUUAGUUGAAAACAAGAACAAGCUCCUGGAAAAGAUAAACAUUCUGUGCCUUAUGGAAAUCAUCUUUAGUCGCCCAUCUGAAGAUCGGACCAUUCCAAUGAAGGUCAUUGCGGAGCGUACAAACCUCUCAAUUGAAGAGGUGGAACAUCUCCUGAUGAAGAGUCUCUCUGUUCAUCUGAUUGAGGGUAUAAUUGACCAAGUGGAAGGGACAGUGUAUGUGUCAUGGGUGCAACCGCGUGUUCUUGGGAUUCCACAAAUCACGUCAUUGCGAGAUCGUCUGGAUGGCUGGUUGGGUAAAGUGCACACAGCAUUGUUGUCCAUCGAAGCUGAAACGCCUGAUCUGGUAGCUUCAUAA